UGUGGUCCAAUAGAUUAACCGAAAGGGAGAUAUACUCCGCCCCUUAAAUAUGACAGUCGCACAGUUCGUAGCUCCGCACUGUUUCUCCACUUCCGCCCUGACGGUACAAUAAACAUGCGUGUUGCUAUAAUCGGCGCUGGAGUCAUUGGACUGUCCACUGCUCAGAGUAUAUAUGAGCAGUACCACUCCAUUGUUAGUCCACUGACCAUUGAGGUGUAUGCAGACCGCUUCACCCCACUGACCACCAGUGAUGGCGCGGCAGGCUUUUGGCAGCCAUACCUUGAUGACAAGGGCAAUCUAAAGGAAAGGGAAUGGAAUAAACAGACCUUUGACUACUUGCUCAGUUGCCUCAGUUCACCCGAGUCUAUAAAAAUGGGUGUUUUCCUCCAGUCUGGCUACAACCUCUGCAAGGAACAAAAACCUGACCCAUCCUUUAAAGAUAUAGUCCUCGGCUUUAGACGUCUCUCAGAGCGUGAGCUGAAGAUGUUUCCUGGCUACAGCUGUGGGUGGUUCCACACUAGUCUCAUGUUGGAGGGUAAAACAUACCUACCCUGGUUAAUGGACUGGAAUGAUCUCUGGGAUCACUACCGCCCUCUACCACCAGGAGGCCGGAUUACAGCGAGCCUCAGACAGUUGCAAAAACGAGGUGUGAAAUUUUAUCACAGGAAAAUUGGCUCAUUUACAGAGCUGUCCAAAAAUGGUGCAGAUGUGAUCAUAAACUGCACUGGUGUAAGAGCCGGAGAGCUCCAGCAUGACCCUGAACUUAAGCCAGCCCGUGGACAAAUAAUUAAGGUCGAUGCCCCAUGGCUGAAGCACUGGAUUUUGACCCACGAUUCAAGUAUAUACAACUCACCGUACAUCAUCCCAGGGAGUAGUCUCGUGACAGUCGGUGGGUUGUUCCAGUUGGACAACUGGAAUGAGCACAAUAGUCCCACUGAUCAUGAAAACAUUUGGGAAAAGGCUUGCCAGCUGGAGCCUAGUCUAAAGCAUGCCAGGAAAAUGUACGACUGGAGCGGCCUCAGACCAGCCCGAAGCACAGUCCGACUGGAGAGAGAGACAAUACAGUGCGGUGCCACGGCAGUAGAGGUGAUUCACAACUAUGGCCACGGAGGUUUUGGACUAACCAUUCACAGAGGCUGUGCCCAGGAAGCUGCCAGGCUUUUGGGUCAGAUCUUGGGACAAAAGAGUUGUGGACUGAAAGCUCACCUGUGAAUUUGUGUUGGUGAUUCGGUUGGAAUUUUCUUUCCGGUGCCUAAUGAAGCAUACACUAAUAUGAGGUUCCUAACCAUUAAGACCUCAGAACCCAAUUUUUCCAUUAUAAAGGAGCUGGAGGCCCAUUCAAAAAUUAACACUAAAUUAGUAAUCUUACGGGUAUUCAAUAAUUAUAUCUAAAUCAAAUCAAACUUUAUUUGUAUAGCACUUUCCAUAUAUAUAAAAAGUAGCACAAAGUAACCAACCUACAGUACUUACAGUUUACAGCCUUGUCAAAUGAUACAAAACCAUAUGUUAAUCACAAAGAUUACAAUUUAUUUAAGGAAUAAACCUUAGGCUUGGGUCAGACUGAUUAGAAAAAUAAGUACUAACCGAAUAUACUGCAUAAAAAGAGACUUAUUAAGUUAAAGUUAAAGUACCACUGAUAGUUUCACACACACACUAGGUGUGGUGAAAUUACCCUCUGCAUUUGACCCAUCCCCUUGUUCCACCCACUGGGAGGUGAGGGGAGCAGUGAGCAGCAGCGGUGGCCACGCUCGGGAAUAAUUUUGGUAAUUUAACUCCCAAUUCCAACCCUUGAUGCUGAGUGCCAAGCAGGGAGGUAAUGGGUCCCAACUAACAAAAUAUACAUUUGCAUACCAUUAUGUUGUGCUGAAAUAAGUAUGUUUCUUAUCUGUCAAUAAAAAAAAUUUAAAAAAUAUUGAUUAAAAUUAUGAAUUGCUAAAAUUAAUAAGUGCAAGCUAAAUUAUAAUAUACAUCCAUCCAUCCAUUUUCUACUGCUUGUAAUAAUAUAAAUGUUUCUUAAAUAAACUGUCAAUAAAAUUAAAGUGAGAAUGAAAAUUUGGUCA